CCUACCUGCACCUCUCCAGAUAGUCCUCCUUUAAACACCCAAGGCUCCGCCUCCACACCAUGGAGCUCCGCCCCUGAGGAAGCUCCACACCCUGUGAACAAUCCCAAACAUCAAGAGUAUCAAUCCACUGCAGGAACCACACCUGCGUACUCCAACACAACACUUACGGUACUGGACCAGUUCUAGGUUCUCAAGGAGUGGGAGAAACAAAUAUAAAAUCAGAAUGGAGACCAGAUAUUGAGUACAAAAAGCCCGCACUUUACUAAGAGGCAAACUAUAUUAUACAUACAAGUUAUUAAAUCUUACAAAUCUUAUAACAGUAAAAUCUUCUUUCCUUUUAGUAUUUUUUGUUUGUUUGUUUUUAAUAAGUAUAAAUAGUUAUAAAUAAUAAAUAAAUUAGUUUAGUGCAGUGGAUCCACUUGUAUUUGAUGAUCUAUUAAGGCUGCUAUUUGUUUUAAUUAACUUUUUUUCCUACAGUUCAUCAAACUCAAAAUAAACAAAAUAAUCACAUGUUAUGUCAUGACAUAAAACACAAAGUAAAACAAUAUACAAUCUAAAUGUCUGUAGCACUUAAAUUCAAUUCUGUUCAGUUGUGAUGUAGUUCAGUUCAACUCAAUUCAAUUGUGUGAUGUAGUUCAGUUCAACUCAAUUCAAUUGUGUGAUGUAGUUCAGUUCAACUCAGUUCAAUUGUGUGAUGUAUUUCAGUUCAACUCAAUUCAAUUGUGUGGUAUAGUUCAGUUCAACUCAGUUCAAUUGUGUGGUGUAGUUCAGUUCAACUCAGUUCAAUUGUGUGGUGUAGUUCAGUUCAACUCAGUUCAAUAUUGUGGUCAAUUUAUUCCAAUUGUGUGGUCAACAGACAUGUUUUCAUUCAAAUUCCCUAUAGACUCUUAAUGAGUUGUAUAUUUCAGUCUAUUUAUUUAUUAACUAUAGUGUAUUAUGUUUAUCUUCGUAUUAUUAUAUUGUGAAUCAAUGUAGUUAUGUAAUUGUCACGGAUCCGUCGGGCAUUCCUCACCACGUCUUCACUGAGCACCCUCACCGGAGUCCUAAUCACCUGCACCUGCUCCUUAUCUCCACAGCCACUUACCCACAGCAUAAAAGCACACGCCACAGUUCACUCAAGGUCCGAUCUCGUAACUACGACGUGGACUCUACUCCCCACAAUCUACGUGCUGAGUAUUUGCAUCGCUGAGUAUACCCCUUUAUUCCUCUUCCUCUUCCUGUUCAAUAAACGUCAACUUGUUAUCACUCACCUCUGUGUCUGGCCAUGCAUGUUACAGAAGAUCGGACCGUAACCGAAACGGACUCGAUGACGGCGGAGGAAAGGCUGUGGGGCUUACGGCAGGCCGGUCGGAGAUUGGAGCAGUAUGUGGAGGACUUCUGUGAGCUAGUUCACCAGCUGAACUGGCGCGACGCCGCUCUUGGUGCGUGCUUUCUGAUGGGGCUGGACGAUGACACGAUUCGCUGCGAUCUUCCUUCCUCGGAGUUUCCCCUGAUCGAAUUGAUUAAUCUUGUGCUCUUUUUAAAUGGCUCCGAAUUUGAAGUCCACGAAGUCAAGGACCCUUGUAAGUCUCGUCGUCCAGCCCACUCAGAAUCACGCCGCAUCGCGCCAGCUCAUCUCAUGCCCAGAACCCCCACAUAUCAUGCCAAUGGCUCCGACUGCCGGCCCGACCCCAAAUACCCCCGUGUCCUCCAUAACACCUCCCUCGUCCUCAGCUCUAGUAGCCUUCCUCCGCCAAAGAGGAGUAUGGCAAGCCCGAUGACGGAGACUCAAGUGCCUAUAGGGAUUUUGGUGGAGUAUGAGGGGAUGUCGUGCCCGCCAGUACCUACUCCUCGUAAGUGCCCACCAGUGCCAAUUCCUCUCAAGAGCCCUCCAGUGUCUCCGCUGGUUCCAUCCAGCUUUGCGCUUCCAGAGCGCCCCCCAGUGCCUACGCCAUGAAGGCGCCUCCCUAUCUCCGCGCCUCCAGAGCGCCCCCAAGAGUCUCCGCUGGUUCCGUCCAGCUCAGCGCUGCCUGAGCGCAUACUUCCCUAUCCUGCAGCGCUGCCUGAGCGCCGCCAAGAGCCCGCGCCCCCAAAACGCCCACCAGAUUCCUCCCAGAGGCUAAAGGUCCCUAAUUUCAUCCCAAAAAUUUUUUUGGGGGGGGCUAUAUACCCGUGGUCCUGAUGGCCAUAGUGGCCAUACUCGGGACCUUGGUCAGGGCCACUAUGGCCUCUCGAUCAUGGCCCCCUGAAGGGUCGACCCUGCCAUGGCCGCCCGAGUCCCCGGAUCCACCAUGGCCUCCCAAGCUCCCGGAUCCGCCAUGGCCUCCCAAGCUCCCUGCUCUGCCAUGGCCGCCCGAGUCCCCGGAUCCACCUUGGCCUCCCAAGCUCCCUGCUCCGCCAUGGCCGCCCGAGUCCCCGGAACCGCCAUGGCCUCCCAAGCUCCCUGCUCUACCAUGGCCGCCCGAGUCCCCGGAUCCGCUAUGGCCUCCCAGAGUCUUCUGUUCCGCCUUGGAUGCCUCCCCUGUAUUCCCUAUCCUGCACCAGCUUCCAAGGCGCCCACCCCCCCUCCCCAGUGGUAUUGUUACGGCGCGGGACGUGCCUUCCAGGAGGGGGAGGUACUGUCACGGAUCCGUCGGGCAUUCCUCACCACGUCUUCACUGAGCACCCUCAUCGGAGUCCUAAUCACCUGCACCUGCUCCUUAUCUCCACAGCCACUUACCCACAGCAUAAAAGCACACGCCACAGUUCACUUGAGGUCCGAUCUCGUAACUACGACGUGGACGCUGAGUAUACCCCUUUAUUCCUCUUUCUGUUCAAUAAACGUCAACUUAUCACUCACCUCUGUGUCUGGCCAUGCAUGUUACAGUAAUCAACUAUACUCAUUUUAAACCAUAUAUUAAUUUGGGUUACACAUUGGUCACGAAAGCUGCAUUUAUUUGAUUUGAACAUUAUUACAAAUUAAAAUAACAUUUUUUUUUUUUUUCUCUCUCUUUUAAUAUAUCUGAAAAUCUAAUUUAUGCCUGUGAUUGCAAAGCUGUGAUACAUGAUUCAUUAGAAAACACUCUGAUAUGCUCAUUCGGUGUUCAAAAACAUUUUUAUAUUAUCAAUGUUGAAAACAGUUAUGCUGCUUAAUAUUUUCUGCUUAGUAUUUUUAAUUUAUUAAAAAAAAAAUCUUAGUGACCACAGUCAUUUGAAAAGCAGUGUAAACUAACAUGAAUAAGACUUGAGGGCUGCAGCACAGCACAACAUUUCUGAAUAUUUCUACAUUUCUUUCUUUUCUUCACACAAAGCUAGUAUAGACUUCAGAAAACUAAAUAUGCAGAAAUUAAUAUGCUACAGUGUAU